ACAAACAAACGAAUUAACGGUCCUAUAGCCUUGCUACGAGUUACCAUACUAGCUAUCACGUGGUCCACUACGAUGAAGAGCUUCCACUUGCCAACUUUAAGUUAUCUGACAUAAAUAAUAUCAAAAAGACAUAUUGGAAGGAAGACAUGGAUGAACUUGGCAUAGGUCACGUGAUCUCAGCCUUCUCCGCCGUGGUCUUCGAGCAUGGGGUCACGGACGACGAUCUGGCGGACCGGCUCAACUACUGGAUCAUGUACGGGAUUCUCCUGUUCUUCGGCAUCAGCGUCGGAGCCAAGCAGUACGUGGGGGAGCCCAUCUUCUGCUGGCCCCCGCCUGAGUACACGGACAAGCGCUACAAGCGCUACAUCAACCACUACUGCUGGGUGCACACGAUGUACGAGGUGCCCUGGGACCAGGUCAUACCAUCACCCGAAAAUGAAAGGUACAUCAACGAUGUGGGGUUCUAUCGCUGGUCUACGGUGUUCUUCAUCUUCCUUGCCUUCAUGUACCGCAUCCCGAAAUUUGUUUGGAAAGAAAUGAAGCUUUUCUCUGGGAUUAAUGUGGAGAAAAUUGUUGGCAUGACGCUAGAGACGGCCAACAUGGAACAAGAGAAGCGAGAAAAGCAAUUAGGUCACGUGGCAGUCUUCCUUCACCGUUGGAUUAGCACCUACUCUGACAUACCUACCAGCAAUACAAGGUUAAAGAAACUGCGCAGAGCCAUGGAGAACUUCUUCAUAUGUUACGGGAAAAGGCGCAGCCAUUACCUGGUCAUCAUCUACCUCUUCGUGAAGUUCCUCUACCUGGCCAACGUCGUCGUCCAGUUCUUCAUCAUCUCGGCUUUUCUCAACCUCAACUUCUGGUCCUUCGGCACCGACGUCAUCGCCUCCUUCGCGGCCAUCGGCGAGUGGGUGGACGACGUGAACUUCCCGCGGGUGGCGCUCUGCGACUUUCAGAUUCGUCAGCUGUCCAACGUGCAGACGUACACCAGCCAGUGCGUCCUGACGCUCAACAUCUUCCUGGAGAAAAUGUUCUUGGUGCUUUGGUUCCUCCUGGCGUUCAUGCUGGCGGCCAACCUCUUCAGUUUCACCAAGUGGUGUUAUCAGCUGCUCAGCCAGAGAAAGAGGACAGAGUUUAUAACCAAAUACACGGGGAUGAUCCCGUCUGGCAGCAUGGAACACCUGGUCACGGAGAAAUCCCUCAAACACCUGGUCAGAAGGUAUCUCAAGGCCGAUGGCGUAUUCGUCCUAAAGAUGGUCGAAUCGAACACUACCGAUUUAUUAACGGUGGAUCUGAUUCGUCAAGUCUGGCUUCAGUACACAGAAUUUUGUAAAGACCAUUUACCGGAAAAUACCGAGUUCUCAAGAAUGGAAAAUGGAAUAAUUAAACGCACUUUAGAAACGGAUAUUUAAAAAAAUUAGUUUAAAAUCAUGACAAGUGAAUGCAACGGACACUGAAUUCAAGGAACAUUACAAUGCUGUUACCGUCUACAAUGUUCAAGAUUUACCGUUAUCAGCAUUAAAAUCUACGGCUUUGUAACUACAAAUACGAAUCUACGACUUUCUAGCUAAAUCUAGGGAUUUGUAACUUGA